AUGGCUUGUCAGAGGUGCCGCAAGAAACGAGCAAAGUGUGAUGAUGGCCAGGCACCGUGCAAAAGAUGCGACGAGGCCGGAGAAGGACGCGUAUACGACCACCCGCGACGCAAGUCCAAAGACGAUCUACGGGCCGAGAUCGAUAGUCUACGGCGGUACAACGAGGAGCAUGACCGACUACUCCGCGCAAUAUGUUCAAUCAACGACGUCGAAGUCAGCAAUGCCUUUAUACAAGACUUGGUCGAGGGGACCAAGUCUCACCAAGCCAUUCUGCAGGAGCUGGCGCACCUGAACGGUGAAAACGGGCGUGGCUCGUCAGAUGGAGGCGACUUCGACACCGGCCCUGGCGGCUCCUGUUUCCCGUCAUUGCCCUUUGACGAUGCAUCACACGCGCAAACCGACAGGUGGACGUGCGCCGGGUGUACGGUGGCUUCGGUUCGGCAGAUCCUCGACGCCCUCCUCACCUGGGACUACCUCCCCUUCUGCCUCAUGUGCAAGGACCCCUUCUUCCGAGACUAUUGCAGCGGCUCGAGCGCGACGAAGCGGAGAGCCCGGGGCCUGGCUUCAAGUGCGGAAGCAAACCACUUUCGACAAGGCCGAGGCCAUUAUCCGCAGAACCGGCCCUCGGCCAACCUCCCAGAUAUACAGGCCAUCGGGAUUCUCUCGCUCUACCAGAUUACCUGCGGGCGCGAGGCCGAAGCUCAAGCGCUUGCCGACUCCUUUGCCGCUAGGAUAGUCAAUCUUUGUCCUCAAGAGCCCCUGAUGGGCUCCGAGGCCGAGAAAUAUGCCAAAGUUUGGGCUACUUCGUACCGCGGCGCCGUGUCCCUGAUUCGCAUACUUCGUCUCACGACGGGCCAAGUCUUCACCAUGUCUACGAGUUGCAAGCUACAAGACGACUCAAUAUUUCUAGACCAAUCCGCCUGCAGUGCCGAGUACCUGUUUGGCGGCCAGUGCGGCAGCGGAACUACACCAGACCCUACCCUAAAAGCACGCAGCUCGCAACUGCGCAAUCUACAGCUCAUUCCAGCAAGAGUCUUCCAGCUCACGGAAUGGGUGUACAAGCUCCUCUCAUCAGCAACCCAUACCCCAAACGGACGAUUCGACACAGCCGAGGUCAUGGCAGUGUAUACCGAGUGUCUCGAUUGCAUGUACUAUCAGUUCUGCCUACUCUGCCUGUUCCGCCCUCUCGCCAACCUUGUCCUGGCUGAUUCCGACGUCCGACCCCGCGAAAUCUGUCUCCAGGCUGCGGACUCUAUCCUCACCCUGUCGCAGUCCUACAGCAGGCUCUUCACCCUUAGACGCGUCUCCCCAUUCGUCCCCUAUUUUUUGUCCUUGGCGACCAUCUCGGAUGUUUCAAGCGUGGACGGGUUUAGCACCUAUCAAGACGUGUCCUCCCCGACUGCCGCCAAAGUGCCCAUAAUGGCCCACGCGAGCCAAUUGCUGGCAGAGAUGAGCUCCAACCGUCGAAUGGCCUCAUCCAUAGAGAAGAUGCUUCGAGGAUAUCUUACCGAGUUAUGGUGA